AUGGCUCCUUACCUCAACGAGACCGAGCGCACUGCCUCUGGCAAUGCCCAGGCUCCUCUCUUCACCGUCCAAUCUCCCAACGUUACAUACUCCGAUGAUGCGAUCCUUAGCAAGUAUGUCUACCGCCAGACAAAGGUGACCAAGUCAUCCAACGGUGGCUAUGUCGCUACACCCAAGGAGACCGUCUAUGACUUCAAGGUGGAACGCAAGGUUGGCAGAGUCGGCAUGAUGCUUGUUGGCUGGGGUGGCAACAACGGAUCCACAGUCACUGCUGGCAUUAUUGCCAACCGUCAGGGCCUUACAUGGGACACCCGCGAGGGCAAGCAAUCAGCAAACUACUAUGGCUCUAUGGUCAUGUCAUCAACAGUCAAGCUCGGCACCGACUCGGACACUGGCAAGGAGAUCUAUGUCCCCUUCAACGAGCUUCUGCCCAUGGUCAACCCUAACGACCUUGUCAUUGGUGGUUGGGACAUCAGCAGUAUGAACAUUGCAGAGUCCAUGGACAGAGCUGGAGUCCUUGAACCUACUCUCAAGCAAAUGGUUCGCAAGGAGAUGGCCCAGAUGGUUCCCUUGCCCAGCAUUUACUACCCCGACUUCAUCGCUGCAAAUCAAGAAUCAAGAGCAGACAACAUCCUCGAGGGUUCCAAGGCCUGCAACGAGCAUCUUGAGAAGAUCAGAGCAGACAUUCGCGAGUUCAAGUCAAAGCACAACCUCGACAAGAUCAUCGUCCAGUGGACCGCCAAUACAGAGCGCUAUGCCGAUAUCCUGCCUGGCGUCAACGACACAGCAGACAACCUCCUCAAGUCUAUCGCUUCAGGCCACCCUGAGAUUGCCCCAUCCACAAUCUUCGCAACUGCCUGUAUCCUUGAGAAUGCUCCUUUCAUCAACGGUUCUCCCCAAAAUACCUUCGUUCCUGGUGUUAUUGCUCUGGCCGAACAGCACUCUGCCUUCAUUGGCGGUGACGACUUCAAGUCUGGACAGACCAAGAUGAAGUCAGCCCUGGUUGACUUCCUCAUCAAUGCAGGAAUCAAAGUCAAGUCCCUUGCCUCCUACAACCAUCUCGGCAACAACGAUGGUAGAAACCUUUCUGCACCUUCUCAAUUCAGAUCCAAGGAGAUUUCCAAGUCAAACGUUGUCGAUGACAUGGUUGCUGCCAACCACAUCCUGUACGAGAAGGAUGAGCACCCCGACCACACUGUUGUAAUCAAGUACAUGCCCGCCGUUGGGGACAACAAGAGAGCUUUGGACGAGUACUAUGCUGAGAUCUUCAUGGGAGGUCACCAAACCAUCAACAUGUUCAACAUCUGCGAAGAUUCUCUCUUGGCCUCGCCACUGAUCAUUGACUUGGUCUUGAUUGCUGAGCUCAUGACUAGAGUUCAGUGGAGGGAGAACGGUGCUCAGGAUUCCGACUUCAAGGGCUUCCACUCUGUGUUGAGUGUCUUGAGUUAUAUGCUUAAGGCUCCUCUGACUCCUCCCGGUACCCCUGUUGUGAACGCUUUGAGCAAGCAGAGAAAUGCUCUGGUCAACAUCUUCCGCGCAUGUGUUGGUCUUGAGCCUGAGAACGAUAUGACUCUUGAGCACAAGCUGUUCUAA